CAACCAAAGUGUCAAAUAAUAAACAAUACAAUAAUUUGUAGACUUAAAGUUACUCAAUGUAUUCCAAAAUAAAGACAAUUUCAUUUCAUAUUAUCUGCAAUCACUGUGACAAUCAAAAUAUCGAAAAAUCGAAUAAUUUAAUAGUGUUAUCAAAUUUGUAAAAAAAAAAAAAAAAAAAAAGAAAUAAAAACUAAACUAAAAUUAAUAAGGUGAUGAGGCGGACAAAUUAAAUGAAAACAUUGAUUAUUGUGAGGGUAAGGGGCAUAAUCUCACAACUGGUCGUUUAUAUAGACCCGAUUUAGUUUUCACCUCCACCACCCGAACAAUACCAUCUAUGCCAGGGAAUAAUUUUUCGACUCUACCGACUGGCCAACGAAGAACGGAACCCUUGUACCAAAUGAUCCAAUAAUCGUUUCCGAUCGAGUAAAUUUACCGGACGGUUUGGAACACUUGGUGAAGGUAAUGAAUCUAACGGGGUCAUGGUAAGAAAAUGAGCUGGUGUCAAAGGUAUGGGAUCGGUUGGGUCAGUACUCAACCAAGAUAGAGGCCUGGAAUUUAGUAAUGCCUCUAUUUGAACCAAUACCGUAUUCAACUCUUCAUAUGAAAGAAUUUGAUCCCCGACAACUUUGUAUAAAUGGGUCUUAACACACUUCACUUGCACUUCCCAUAUACCGGAAAAAUGUUGACUAAAAGGAGGCUGGAAUUUCCAGCCCCAAUAAAGUUAGUACCAUUAUCGGAGUACACCACUGAACAUGCGCCCCUUCUGGAUAAAAAGCGUUUGAAGGCAGCCAAAAAUAGAUCGGUUGAUAAAUCCGACACGAGUUCUAAAUGGAGAGCUUUAGUACAUAAGCAUAUGAAUAAACAUAAGUAUGCCUUUUGGCUCUUUACUCCACGAUUUCGACUCAUAGUAAUGAAGAAUGGCCCUGCAAAAUCAACCCCAACAUGUAAAAAGGAUUUUGAAGUUUCUGAAACUCUAACUGAAGGUAAAUCCGCCAUUUUGGGAAAAACGGGCUUCGGAUUUAAUUUAAAACAAUGGUUGCAUUUCCUCAAGUUAUGCCUAAUUGUAUUACGGGCGCCCAGUAUCCAAUAUUUUUGGCGUAGUAUGGAUGAAACUAACGAUGGCCCUGUAUGGAGAAGUAGUGGAUGCUUUUGCUCAAAACUAAUAUCAGCAUUUCGUAAACGUCCACCUACACGUAUCAGCCCAUCAUGCAAAAAGAGACUAAGUGGUCGUAAAUUUGCAGUGGAAAGGCUUCUAUUUUCCAACGAUCGAAUAUCGUCUGCAAAAUGGUGAUUUUGAAUCACCCUAACUAAGACUAAUUCAGCUUUAACUAAAUCGGA